AUGGACCGCUACCGGUCCGUGGCCUGGGAGAGGACCAUCUUCGGCACCACGGCGGAGACGGUGCCAAGUGGUGGUGGCGGCGGUGGUGGCGGUGGUGGUGGCUGUGGUGGUGGCGGUGAUGGCGGUGGUGGUGAUGGCGGUGGUGGUGAUGGCGGUGGUGGUGGCGGUGGUGACGGUGAGAAGCCGGCACGACUGCCAGGACUGAGCAGGGACGGGUCGCUCGAGAGUAACGAGGACUCGGACAGCGGCACGGCCCAGCGGCGGCCUCUGGAGCACCACAGGAAGAUCAUCGGCGUCGUCACCGGCACCGCCGGGAGACCCGCCAGGCCAGCCGGCAAGCUCGCCGCCACCGCCACCGCCGCUGUAGCCCCUGUAGCCCCUGUAGUCCCUGUAGUCCCUGUAGCCCCUGUAACGGCGGCGGCGGCGGCGGCAGCAGCACCCGGCCAGGACGCCGUAGGGGACGGGCCGCCCGGAACGGCGGCAGGGACAAGCGCGGCGGCAAGAGGGCCGGGCCCGAAGGACCUGUCGGAGCUGCUGCGUGAGAUUGGCUGCAGCAAGUACGCGAGCGUGUUCGCGGAGCAAGACGUGGACCUGCGAGUGUUCCUCACACUCACCGAGAACGACCUCAAAGAGGUCGGCAUCGGGCUCUUCGGCCCCAAGAGGAAGAUGACGUCGGCCAUUGCCCGCUGGCACGGCCAGGCCGCCCCUCCCAGCGCGGCGCUGGAGGAGGCAUACGCCGACCGCCUGGAGGCCGAGAUGCAGGAGAUGGCGAUGCAGUACCACAAGGCAGGAUAG